AUGGCGCGCUCCCCUCUCCUCUCCCUCCCCCUCGUCCUCGUCCUCCUCCUCGCCGCCGCGGCGACCGCGCGCGCGGACACCGAGUACCUCCGCGACGAGACCAGGCGCAUCGACGACGCCGUCCCGGUGACGUGCGCCGCGUGCGCGUCCGCGGUCACGCACAUCGAGCGCGCGCUGCGACGGAUCGAUCAGACGACGUUCUCCUCCGAGGGCGACGCGGAGGCGACGAACGCGCGAAACGCGGCGAGACGCCGCCGGUCGCUGACGCACGGCAGGAGCGAGACGAAGAUACGCGACGCGCUCGGCGGCGCGUGCGCCUUCUUGCGCGCGUCGGAGGAGAGAGAGGACGAGGAGAAGCGCGCGGCGAUGACGCGCGCGGGGUUCGACAUCGCGGGCGCGUGCGAGACGAUCGUGGAGACGCACGAGGAGGACAUCGAGGAGCACGUGUUCGCGGACGGCGUGGACGGGCUGAAGGAUCUCGUGUGCGUCAGGCUGACGCGCGCGUGCCCGCGGCUGUCGACGAGGGACGAGCUGUGA